AUGCUUGUGGCUCAAUUGUUAUCGCUUGCCCUGUUUGUGGUGUUAGCCUCGGGUUUCACCGUUCCUGGUUUGCCGGCACUUCGGUACCAGAUGCUGGCACGGCUGUUGGCUGUUCGAAGCGAGAGUAUGAUCGACACUAUUUUCGACGAUUUGGAUUAUCCGUCGCAAGAUUUCAUCAAUAUCAACUUGAAAAAGUUGCAAAAACAGACCAAUGGCUCGAAAUGUGACAGCUGUAAGCAACGGUUGCGGUUUGCUCGCAAUCUCGUGGAUUCGCAGCCAGAUAAGCAGCACCUCAUCUCGCUCUUGUUGUACAAAUAUUGUGUGGAGAAAAAGAGCGAUGCCAAGUGUGCGCAGGUGGACUUCUUCUUGACCACCACCAGCAAGGACCUGACUAAACAAAUUGGAGAUUUGGAAUCGGGAUCGCAAUCUGGAACCAGUGUCGAUUUCUACGACAAUGAUUUUCUUCAAAUGAUCAAAAAUUUCAACAUGAGCUCCGAAACCGACAUGGAGUACUACUGCUACUUCAAAGCCAAAGGGGACUGUGACUUGCCAGAAACUCCAGACAUCGAUAUUUCUUCGUGGUGGCCGGAAAAGAAAGAAUCAUACAACCAGGCUCCACAGUACAAGUCGGAAAACAGGUCAGUUUUCAACGUGCUUCAUCUCUCUGACUUCCACAUCCAGUACCGGUAUACUGUUGGUGCCGAGGGUAUGUGUGAGGAUCCUCCUUGUUGUUUGCCCGAGUCGUUGAACGAAACUUUGCCAACGAAAAAUUACAAUUUCACCUCGGUUUACAGCCAAAUUGAUGCUGCAGCUUCCACCUUCAACUACUCGUUUUACCCUGAUGCCCACUACGACAAAGAUGGCAAUUACGUCAAGGGAAAGUACUACGAUCUUCCUAGCCUGCGCGGCUACGAAUCGGUGUCUUUGCCAGCUUCAUCUUUUGGAGGUUACUUCUGCGACCCACCUCAAGUUCUCAUCAACAAUAGUAUGAAGUAUGUUGGACAGGUUUUCAAGGACAAAAAGUUUGAGUUUGCCAUUUUCACAGGAGAUAUGGUGGACCACGACGAGUACCAUUGUGACUUGGAAACCACUCAGAGAGCAGAAAGAGACGUUGCAAAUGUGUUGAAGAAACACUUGCCUGGAAUUCCUGUUUUCCCAACUUUGGGAAACCACGAUACUUUCCCAUACGGACAAAUGGCUCCCAUAUCCUUGGACUCCAACCACACGCUCCAGUACAAUGCCGAGUACAAUGCCAAGUUGUGGGUCGACAACUCGUGGUUGCCAAAGAAUAUGACCAACAGCUUGAAGACCCACUACGCUGGAUUUUCCACUGUGACCAAAAGGGGACUCAAGGUGAUUUCUCUCAACUCCAACGCCUACUACCAAAAGAACUUGUGGGCAUACAUCAACUUGUCGCAAGAACCAGACUUGUUUGGCCAAUGGAAGUUUCUCAUUGACGAGUUGGUGGAGAGUGAAAAAAUUGGCCAAAGAGUAUGGAUUAUGGCCCAUAUUCCAACCGGUGAUACAGACACCUUGCCUAUUCAAUCCCACAUCUUUUCCAAGAUCAUCGAGAGAUUCUCGCCAUAUACCGUGGCUCACAUCUUUUUCGGCCAUACCCAUCAAGAUCAAUUCAGAAUCUUGUACUCUGCCAAUGGACAAGAUGCCCAAGAUGCCAUUAACGUUGCGUAUGUUUCACAGUCGAUCACCCCAUUAACCGAGUACAAUCCUUCGUGGAGAUACUACGAGGUGGAGGACGAAUCGUUCAACAUCAUGAACACCUUCAACUAUUACACUCCAUUAAACGAGACAUUUGUCAAUGGUGGAGAUGAGCCAAGAUGGGACUUUGAAUAUAGUGCGCGGGAAACCUAUGAUCCCAACGGUGAAUGGCCCAAGUCGGCUCCUUUGAACGCCACGUUCUGGCAUAAGUUUAUCUUGUCGAAAUUGAACGACACUUCCAACAUUGACUUUAACCAAAAGUAUAUGGAAUUGCAAUACCGUCAAUCUCCAUAUGUGCCACAAUGCAAAAACGACUCCUCCAUCACCGAUGAGUGUUACACUCUCAACUACUGUGUCGGAGGAACGUUUUUGUCUGAUGUGUACGCCAAGUGUCUCAAGGAGUAA